CCAAGAUCUUCCCCCUACCCUCCCCUCUUUCCCUUCUCCCGCGGUCGGCCCUCGCCCCCUCCCCCAGGCCCAGCGCGGGCGCUCGGCGCGUCCAGACCCGCGGCGCAAUGCCGGCAGUUUAGGAUCCAAAGCUUCUCUGCUCCUUUUGUUCUUUUCUUCCCUUUUUUUAAAAAGAGGGGGGAAAUCCCAGUGGUGGGCAGCCUGGCACGAACACACUCGCCCUCAUACCCCGACAAAAGCAGAUGCACUUUGACUUCUGACAGCUCUACCUCAAGCCCGGGAGAACUCAGCGGCGCUUUCCUCGCAACCCGAGCUCGGCGAGUCGUCGUCGUCUUCUUCUUCUUCUCCGUUUUUAUUUAUUUGUUUCCGUUCCUGCCGCCGUUCUCGCUGACCUUCACUCCUCCGCGGGCUCUGAGCAGAAAGGUCGCAUUCUCUCCCGCCUGAGACUUCUUUUCCUCGCCCCGGGAGCUAAGGCGGCGCCGCUCCAGCCCGGGGCGCCGGGACUCCCCGGCUGCACACUUCACUGAGACGCCCCCAGGCCCCGAUCAGCCUCGUUUCCUCCACCCUACUUUGAUUUCCUGGUGCGAGUUUUGGCUUGCACGGCCGAGUGUGUGUCCUCUUUUUGGAGAGACUGGGGAGCUCGCGCCGGUUGUCUUCAGGAGUCAUCCCCUGGGCUCUACUUUGCCCCUCUCUCUCUGGGCCUCAUCAGACCAAACCAAAGACCAUGGUUCACUGUGCCGGCUGCAAAAGGCCCAUCCUGGACCGCUUUCUCUUGAACGUGCUGGACAGAGCCUGGCACGUCAAGUGCGUCCAGUGCUGUGAAUGUAAAUGCAACCUGACCGAGAAGUGCUUCUCCAGGGAAGGCAAACUCUACUGUAAGAACGACUUCUUCCGGUGUUUCGGUACCAAAUGCGCAGGCUGCGCGCAGGGCAUCUCCCCUAGCGACCUGGUGCGGAGAGCGCGGAGCAAAGUGUUUCACCUGAACUGCUUCACCUGCAUGAUGUGUAACAAGCAGCUUUCCACUGGCGAGGAACUCUACAUCAUCGACGAGAAUAAGUUCGUCUGCAAAGAGGAUUACCUAAGUAACAGCAGUGUUGCCAAAGAGAACAGCCUUCACUCGGCCACCACGGGCAGUGACCCCAGUUUGUCUCCGGAUUCCCAAGACCCGUCGCAGGACGACGCCAAGGACUCGGAGAGCGCCAACGUGUCGGACAAGGAAGGGGGUAGCAACGAGAAUGACGACCAGAACCUGGGCGCCAAGCGGCGGGGACCGCGCACCACCAUCAAAGCCAAGCAGCUGGAGACGCUGAAGGCCGCCUUCGCUGCUACACCCAAGCCCACCCGCCACAUCCGCGAACAGCUGGCGCAGGAGACUGGCCUCAACAUGCGCGUCAUUCAGGUCUGGUUCCAGAACCGGCGCUCCAAGGAGCGGAGGAUGAAGCAGCUGAGCGCGCUGGGCGCCCGGCGCCACGCCUUCUUCCGCAGUCCGCGCCGGAUGCGGCCGCUGGUGGACCGCCUGGAGCCGGGCGAGCUCAUCCCCAACGGCCCCUUCUCCUUCUACGGAGAUUACCAGAGCGAGUACUACGGGCCCGGGAGCAACUACGACUUCUUCCCGCAAGGUCCCCCGUCCUCGCAGGCCCAGACGCCAGUGGACCUACCCUUCGUGCCGUCAUCUGGGCCGUCCGGAACGCCCCUGGGUGGUCUGGAGCACCCGCUGCCGGGCCACCACCCGUCGAGCGAGGCGCAGCGGUUCACCGACAUCCUGGCGCAUCCACCCGGGGACUCGCCCAGCCCCGAGCCCAGCCUGCCCGGGCCUCUGCACUCCAUGUCGGCCGAGGUCUUCGGGCCCAGCCCGCCCUUCUCGUCGCUGUCGGUCAACGGUGGGGCGACCUACGGAAACCACCUGUCCCACCCCCCCGAAAUGAACGAGGCGGCCGUGUGGUAGCGGGGUCUCGCACGGUCUGCGGAGUUCGUGGUUGUACAGAAAUGAACUUUUAUUUAAGAAAAACAGAAAAAAAGAAAAAAAAAAAACAUAAAAAGCAAGUCCCCACCCCCUUCCUCCAGCCUCGAGAACCAUUCUCCUUCUGGGGAGACCGGAUGGAAAAGGGGGACACGAAAUAGGAUCCAAAUCGGCCUCGAGGUGGGACUGGGAUCCGCGCACUGGCUGUCGACGUGCAGAACUGGGGCUCCCAAAGGGAAAUGCAGAACUCUCCCCAACUCCCACCUGGACCCGGAUCCGUAGACAGACCCCGCGGGCGUGUGCGCCUGGCAGGCGGGCGGCGAAAAGACAUCCAGGGCAGCCGCGGGUGCGCACAGCCAUUGGCGAUGCCAGGAGCCCUGGGGAGGGAGGCCGUGAGCACAGCCGGGUGAAGGAAGUGAAGCGGCCUAGGGCGCUCCCGGGCCAGCCAGGAGGAUUCUAGCUCUGGGAUAUCCCUUAUUAGUGUUGUCUCAGAGUUAAACAGCAGCGACAACAAACUCUUAUAGCUUCAGAAACGCCGACCUGCCGUGCAUCAGGUGGGACUAUAUAUAUAUUUUUUGUCUAUCUGGAUUUUUGGUUUUUGUUUUUGCCAAAAUUGCAAAAUUCUAAAUGUAAAGCCCUCCGUAUCAACUCUUCUACCUUCGCAAAACUACACAUACACACAAACGCACGUACACGGACACACUCGGUAGGAUGGUCUCCAGCCAGACCGCUCAGUAAAAUGACUUGAACAUCAGCUGUACAAGAAAAGUAUUCUACCUUCACACACAAAAAGUUAAAAAAAAAAAAAAAAGACUAUUGAACUAAAAACAGUCAACUGUUUACGUAUAAUGUUAAAUUCAGGAGUUCGGUGUUUUACUAAUAUAUCCUGUUUUGAAACCUCUUGUUCAAAAACAAAAUGUUUUGAGCAAUCAACCAAAAUUGUUCCUUUUCUUUUCCUGUAGAUGUUCUGACAGAUUUGCAGGGCUUUCGGCUCACUGUGCUAGUAUGUAAAAAGGUGUUGUUUACACGCGGCAAAGAGAAAACAUGCUAUUCAGACAGUUGCCAAAUAGAAUAAUUAUAGCACAAAUACUGUAAAGGUGCCUGGCACCAGCAACCUGAGAAAGUGUUAAAAAAAAAAAAAAAGUGUUACAAGGUUUAAAAAAAAACAUCUUUGCUAAUUUUUUGUCCUGUUGAACAUUCAUGGAAUUGUUAAUAUGACUUAUAUAGACCCACACAGGUUUUAUUUUUGUGUCUUUAAAAUAAAAUUCCAAAAUAUUUAAAUUUUAUGGUCAAAUAUGCAGUCAACAGCUGCUACUUUUUCUUUAUAUAUUAAAUUUCUCAUAUGUCUUUUAUUGUUCUAAUAAACCUAAGCUUGUGUGACCUCCAGUGCAUAUUAGACCAUUCACUGUAUGAAAGAAAACAUGUUGAAUAAAUUUGUGAGUUUUUAAUAAAAAUAGAAAAUCUGAUGUUUA